AUGGAAGUCAUUCAGAUCAAUUCAUUUGUUGAUCACUUCAAAUCCUUGAAGGUUUCAAAUAAUCACCAAGCAAGAUGCAAUAAUAAAUUUCCAAGAUAUGAUCCGGCUGCCAUUGGCUUCAAGAAGAAUGAUAUAUACGUAAUUGUUCGGAAGGAAGCAUUGGAGAUGGAAAGAUCAGCUGAUGAACACUUUAAACUAGCCAAAGAAGCAUAUAUUCAAGGUGCUCAUUCAUGUGCCAAGCACCAUUCCACCAAAGCAAGAGAAGAAAAAGAAAGGGCUAGAGAACUUCAUUCCAAGGCAGCCAUAGAGAUCCUAAAAUUCAUGAAUCGAAAAAAUAAUGUAUGGAGAAUAGAUCUGCAUGGUCUUCGUGCUGCUGAAGCGGUUCAAGCCUUACAAGAACGUUUGGAACAAAUUCAAAAAGAAGGAUGUGAACUUCUUCAUUCGUCCCUUACAAAACCAGUAAGGCAUUUGCAAGUCAUAACAGGUGUUGGCAAACAUAGCCAAGGAAAUCCAGUUCUUCCAGGACUUGUGAGAAAUUUCCUAGAAAAAAACAAUUAUCAUUUUGAGGAGAUCAGACCUGGAGCCCUCAAAGUUCACCCUCAGUUUCAUUUCUCAUAG